AUGGUUCCCCUCCCCCUCUUCAAGCUUGCAUCACUGCUUGUGAGACAUGUCUCCAAGUAUGGCGCGAACCACAUAAAAGCUCAAGCUCAUGAUCACCCUCGAUUCCGAGCGUUCGCCGCUCGUUAUGGACAAUACAUGCAUCAAUUGAACAUGCGGGUGUCGGUUGCAUUAUUACGAGACCCAGAAGCGGAGCGAAGAGCAAAGGAAAAGGCCGCGGCACCGACAGUCAAAACCGAAGACCAGCAGAAGCGCGACGACCAACUUAAGCAGAAGCCAGAAGUCAUCAAGAGCGGUUUAACCUUUCAAAAUAUAUGGCGACGAAAAUUCAGGUCGCUCCCAGAAAAUAAGGCAGUGGAUUUGUUCGCUGACGUUAUUGGCGAUGCCUUCAUUCUCUCGGUGGCCAUCGCUCUUAUUGUCUACGAAACUUGGAGGACAUCGAAGAAGCCUGAUAUCAACAAAAUGCGAAUAGAAGAGCUGGACCAAAAGUUAGAAGACCUCAGGAAGAGGGAGGAGGAACUAGAGGAGGCGGAAAAGAAGCAGAAGGAACGAUAUGAAAGCUUGGAGGAGGCUCUGCGUGGACUGAAGGAUCCCAAAACGAAGCAGCCCUUCUUCCCAACGUUGCAAGCCUCAUGA